AGAAGAGGCGAGGGGUCGCUUCAUUCUGUGUCAACAUGGCUGAUGAAACAGCUAAGGCGCAGGCUGCCCAGCCGGGCGGGGACACGAUAUUUGGAAAAAUCAUACGUAAAGAGAUUCCAGUCGACCUAAUUUACGAGGAUGAUAAGUGUGUUGUCUUCCCAGACAUCAAUCCUCAAGCUCCCACUCACUUCCUUGUCGUCCCAAAAAAGCCGAUUGUUCAGAUGUCACAAGCAGAGGACGGUGAUGCUGAAUUGUUGGGCCACCUGCUGAUUGUUGCAAAAAAGUGUGCUAAAGAUGCAGGUCUGUCUAAAGGCUAUAGGGUUGUCAUCAAUGAUGGACCAGAUGGGGGCCAGUCUGUCUAUCACAUCCAUGUCCAUGUCCUGGGUGGACGCGUAAUGGGUUGGCCACCCGGCUAACAUCCAUCUCCUCAUUGCACAUUUCAUCCUGUCAUUAUGCACAUCUGUUGUUUGGCAACCACCAAAACUGUUGAAAUGUAUACUUAAAACUGGUUGUCACCUGAAAUGAGUCAAAGCAAAACCAGGAAAUUCACAAAGGGAAAUAAAAUGCACUUCUCAGCAAA